GUUGUAUACAUUAAUUUCUUCGUCAUAUGCGUGCAACGUAGUUCAUUAAUGGUCCUACGGGUAUGCUUGUGUGCUGCGUACUAUGAGUAUUCGCGAGUGCCGAUCAUAACACAGUAUUGCCUUUGAUUUCCCUAGUGAGAUAAAAUGUUUGUCGAAACAAUCCGGCUGUCGAUUUAGAAGUAAAGUUUGUAUUCAGGGUGAACAGUUAGGAUCGCAAUGACCCACUGCCAAAUCAAGUUCGAUGACAAUCCUCAGGGAGUUUACCACAGCGGACAGACACUUUCCGGUUCUGUUGAGCUGCGGCUAGAUAAACCCAAAAAGCUUCGAGGUUUUAAACUAUUGAUACGAGGAGCUGCCGAAGUUCGCUGGACUGAACGGCAUGGUAAUAACAAGUCUACCACGUAUUACGGAACGGCAGAACUGUUGCGAUCGGAGAUCGAGUUGGUAAAUCAUAGAGGAGAGGAAACCGUCGAAUUACCACAAGGACUUCACGUCUACAACUUUGCAACGUUCAUCUCCCCAAUGCUUCCAACGUCCUACGAAAGUGAACAUGGACACAUUCGAUACACGGUGACCGCCACCAUCGAUCGUCCCUGGAAGUUUGACCAAUCCAGCAAGGCUGCCUUCACGGUGCUGAAAACUUUGGACCUCAACCUGGGCCCCUCUGCAGUACGACAGCCGUUCAAAGAGAAUCGCAUCAACACGUUCUGCUUUCGUACGGGAAGGCUUGAAAUCACCGUAGAAACACCAUACAAGGGAUACGUUCCAGGUCAAAGCAUUGAGGUGAAGACAAGUAUCAUAAACAUUGGCGAUAUCAAUAUCGAGUGCAUUUCAACCAAACUGUACCGGACCGUUAAGUACACAAGCGAUGGUGGGAAGACCAAAAUUGUGACAAAAUCAAUUGCAAAAUCCAAACUGCCAAUAUCUGAUAAAAGAAAACCAAAUCACACUCAGCAUGUCCUAGUUCCGUCCAUCGCACCGACUACCUCCUGCAGCGUACUAGAUGUGGCCUAUGAGCUAGUGGUCACCAUUGAACUCGCCUGGUGCUACAUCGACCCCCAAAUACGCAUCCCGCUCACCAUCGGCACCGUUCCAAUAUCACCCAAUCCAGUCGGAUGGACUAUGCCCGCAAACAUCCCCCAACCAAUCAGUCACCCUUCGGCUCCAGAAGCAGCUGUAGUGGCUGAAGUCGCGCCGAAUGUGCCAUUACUGCUGGAUCCACCGACUUAUGAAGAGGCCAUGCACGCACCACCGCCGGUUAACCUAAACGACUAUCCGCACGCGAUUGGCUUCGGGAAUUACGUUCCCAAGUAUCCGGUGUACCAGUUUGAAACGAAGUGAAGAGAAGAUUUCCCAUGA